AUGCCAAAGGAUGAAAAAUUAAAGAAAUUAGAGUAUAGGGAACACAUAGAAAGUAAAAACAAGGCUAGGGUGGAAAAAGAUAGGGACAAGGAGAGAGCUAUUAAUGAUAGUGAAGGUGAUUUUGUUGCUUGCUGUUUUGAUUUAGAGGAGGUUCUACUUACCCCAAAUAGUUUCAACUCAAGUCUGUUUUUCAAAAGAAGACUUAAUACAUUUAACCUAACAAUCUAUGAUUAUGGUACUAGGGAUGGGUUUUGUUACGUAUGGAAUGAAGCCAUUGCUGCAAGAGGUGGCUGUGAGAUAGCAUCUUGCGUUUAUGAUUUUGUACAGACAAAGGCAAAAGAGGGGAAAAAAAGAUUUGUCUUUUAUACUGAUAACUGUAUUGCUCAAAACAAAAAUAAAUAUUACAUGGCAAUGCUCUGGUACUGCAUGGGAAAUUUUGACCUGAUAUCAAUUGAGCACAAGUACUUGAUUAAAGGUCACACUCAAAACGAAGCUGACAGUAUUCAUGCAGGUAUUGAAGCGUCCGUCAGGAACAUCCCCAUUUUCACAACUCCACAGUGGGCUGGUGCAAUACGCACUGCACGUACUGAAAAACCCUUAGCUGUCAAAGAAAUGGGUUUUAAUGAUUUCCUUGACUUCAAGACUGUUUCAAGACAUAUAAAAAAAUUUGAUAUAAAUACUGAAAAUGAGAAGGUUUAUUGGAAUAAUUUAAGAAUAAUUAAGUUAACAUCAGAUGAAAGUGACAAAUUUAGGUACCAAACAAAAUACUAUGGUGAAAUCAAAACAGUUGAGUUCUUUAAAAGAUUUAGAACAAAAGACAUUCCAAAUCCAAAACAGAUCCAGUUACAACCAUUACACAAUGAUGAGAAAGGUCACAAUGUGGUACCAACAAUUACUCUCCCAGUAGCUGAGAUAGAAGAAAGAUUACUAGACAUUCAGAUGCCCGUGCUGCGAGGAGAAGUUGUCAACUCCAGCACUAUCAGAUUAAGUUGGAUGAAACGUGUGUCCAGGGACUCUCAAGCUGCAAUAAACACGCGUAUACCGAGACCAAUUAUGUGUUUAUCCUUUCAUCCAAAGAGACCAUGGGUAUUGACAAGUUUGUUCAAUGGUGUUAUACAGCUAUGGGACUAUUGUAUGUGUACUUUGAUAGACAUUUGCAAGUUUGAUGAACAUGAUGCGUGGCUACUGGCUAUCUGGCGUAAGGUCAAUUACAAGCAGAGAAUAUGUUUGUUCACACUACUUGGACAUCAGGACUAUAUCCGAACCACAACAUUUCACCAUGAGUAUCCAUGGAUCCUGAGUUCCUCUGAUGAUUAGACUAUACGUAUUUGGAACUGGCAGUCGAGAAACUGUAUCUGUGUGCUAGCUGGUCACAGUCAUUUUGUGAUGUGUGCACAGUUCCACCCCUCGGAAGACCUGAUUCUAUCUGCGUCACUUGACCAGACUGUCUGAGUCUGGGACAUCUCGGGACUGAGAAAGAAAAAUGUUUUGCCAGAACAGUCACAGAAUUCAAAGGCCUGGGAGGUUGAUACAUGCCGCGGCCAUUAUAAUAACGUAUCAUGUUGUUUGUUCCACCCGAGACAGGAGUUGAUCCUCAGUAAUUACGAGGACAAGAGUAUCAGAGUAUGGGACAUGAGUAAAAGAACUGGUGUUCAGACAUUCCGCAGAGAGAAUGAUAGGUUCUGGAUAAUGACAGCCUAUCCAACACUAAACUUGUUUGCUGCGGGCCAUGACAGCGGGAUGAUUAUCUUCAAGCUGGAACGGGAACGCCCUGCAUAUGCUGUCUAUGGUAACGUAUUGUACUAUGUGAAGGAGAAAUUCCUGAGAAAACUCGACUUCACCACCAAUAAGGACGUCCCAGUGAUGCAACUUAGACGUGGAUCAAGAUCUCCUGUGUUCUCCAUGUCGUACAAUCCUGCAGAGAAUGCUGUACUCCUUGUCACUCGUACAAGUAAUGUAGAGAACAGCACGUAUGAUUUGUAUGCCAUUCCAAAAAAAUCUGACUCAAAGAAUCCUGAUGCACCUGAAGGAAAGAGGUCCUCUGGAUUGACAGCUGUCUGGGUGGCUAGAAACAGGUUUGCGGUCACUCUUAUUGAGAAGUUUGAUGUUUUGAACACAAUUGUGGUUAAGAACUUGAAGAAUGAGAUAACCAAGAAAGUACAAGCACCAAACUGUGAGGAUAUAUUCUAUGCCGGUACAGGCUGCCUACUUCUCAAGGACAGUGAUAAUGUUACCCUGUUUGAUGUCCAACAAAAAAGGAGUCUGGCAAGUGUGAAGAUAUCCAAGGUGAAGAGUGUUAUCUGGUCCAAUGAUAUGUCUCAUGUAGCACUCAUCAGUAAACAUGUAAUUGCCAUUUGUAAUCGUAAGUUUGAGAAUCUGUGUACAAUCCAUGAGAAUAUUCGAGUGAAGAGUGGAGCCUGGGAGGAGAGUGGUGUGUUUGUGUACACUAACAGCAACCACAUCAAAUAUGCUCUCACCAAUGGUGACCAUGGCAUCAUCCGUACACUGGACCUGCCAAUCUACAUUACCCGCGUGAAAGGUAACAGUGUACAUUGUCUGGAUAGGGAAGGACGCUCUAGGGUGCUCGGUAUUGACCCCACAGAGUUCAAAUUCAAGUUGGCCCUUGUCAACAGGAAAUAUGAGGAGGUGUUACAUAUGGUACGACACGCCAAGUUGGUAGGUCAGUCUAUCAUAUCCUACCUACAGAAGAAAGGUUACCCAGAGGUCGCUCUCCAUUUUGUCAAGGAUGAGAAAACAAGAUUUGGUCUAGCUCUUGAGUGCGGAAACAUUGAUAUUGCCCUUGAAGCGGCGCGGGCACUAGAUGACCAGGCAUGUUGGGAGAAACUGGGUGAAGCUGCCUUACUGCAGGGAAACCAUCAGAUAGUGGAGAUGGCCUACCAGAGAACAAAGAACUUUGACAAACUCUCCUUCCUAUACCUUAUCACAGGAAACCUGGAAAAACUGAAGAAGAUGACCAAAAUAGCUGAGAUACGUAAGGACACCAGUGGUCAUUUCCAGAAUGCUCUGUUCCUAGGAGAUGUUGAGGAAAGAGUGAAAAUCCUGAAAAACUGUGGACAAAAGUCGCUUGCCUACCUGACAGCUGCUACCAAUGGUCUGGAGGAAGAAGCAGAAUCACUAAAGGAAUCCUUUGGCGAGAACGAGAGGGUACCAGACCUGUACCCUAACGCUUCCCUGCUCCAACCGCCUGUACCCAUCACACAGCAGGAAUCCAACUGGCCACUGCUGACAGUAUCUAAGGGAUUCUUCGAGGGAGCAAUGGCCGCUAAAGGAGGUCACAGCAAGAUGGCCGCCGCUGAUGAUGUUGAUAUAGAAGAAGCUGGAGCCGGCUGGGGAGAUGAUGAUCUAGGCCUUGAUGAUGAGGAGGGAUUUGGAGAAGACGGUGAAGGUAUUGAGAAAGACGAGGAUGGGGGAGGCUGGGAUGUGGAUGAUGACCUUGAACUGCCCCCUGAUCUUGAUGUGCCCUCAACACCAACUGGAGCUGGGGAAGGCUAUUUUGUACCUCCUACAAAAGGCACAAGCCAGGCACAGUAUGGUGCAACAGCUCACAGUUACCAGUGGAUCAUGUGUUGGCAGGAUCAUAUGAGACCGCCAUGUUGUUACAUGGGCGUGGUGAACUUCGAAGAAUACAAACAACUUUUCCUACAGACAUACAGUAGAAGUAGGACAUGUUACCAAGGGUUACCAUCUUUACAGCCUCUCUUUGGAUAUCCACAUAGAAACUUGAAGGAGGCAGGUGGUAGAAAUGGUGUUCCAGCUGUGGGCCUCAAACUGAACAACUUGGUACAACAGUUACAAGUGGUGUAUAAUCUUACAACAGCUGGCAAGUUUGCCGAGGCUACAGACAAAUUUAGAUCUAUUCUUCUCAGUGUACCAUUGUUAGUGGUUGAUACUAAACAAGAAAUUGCUGAGCUCCUUGAAGCCACCUGCUGUGAUGCUAUUCAAGAAAUGAUGGAUGAGAAUUAUGUAUUAUUUGAGUUAGCUGGUUGCUACAAACCAGUGACAACCUUUAGUGAAAAUUCAAGAAAUAAACUGGUAGAUGAUGUAGUCAGGUUUAUUGUUAUUGGGAGGAAUCUUCCAGCUAUUCAACAACUAAGGCAAGGUCUUCAGACAUUUGGUCUUUUAGACCUGAUGAAAGAGCACAGUACACAAUUCAGUGAGGUUUUCUGCCAAGGUCAGACAACAAAUUUGACAGCAGACCAGGUGGAAGCUGUCUUCAGUAAAAUUGAAUACUCAGAAAUAGGAAGCAACAAAAGGAGAGAGGAAGAACGCACCAUUGCAUACUGGAGAGAUUAUCUGCUUGAUAUAGAGGAACGAAAUGUUGGAGUGACAUUCGAAGACGUGUUAGUGUUUGCGACUGGAGGCAACAACGUGCCCUAUUUGGGAUUUUCACCAGACCCAUCAAUAGAGUUUGUCUAUGACAGUGGUGAAAUGAAUUUUCCACAGGCAAACACGUGUUCAGUGGUCCUACGGCUUCCAACAGUUAACAGCUAUGAACAAUUCAAAGAGAACAUGGACUUUGGAAUAUUAAAUUCGCCAGGAUUUGGAAUGGCAUAAACUAAUAUUGUAUACUUCAAGAAUUAUAAAAGUAGCAAUUUCCAUAAAAACAAUUUUAAAGUAUAUCUUGUAUUGUAUGUGAUAUAUAAAGUUUAGAAAAUGUUAUCUUUGUAACUGUUUACCAACACUAGAGAGGAAAAGUGAAAAGCUCCAGGAAUUGAUGGGAGCAUGUAGUUGUUGCCUUAUCCAUCUGGAAUUCUGUCAUUUUGACAGUACCAGAGUUUAACUGUAAAACUAUAAGAGGUACUGAGUUGAAACCUGCUAUGUGGAUAGAUCUCAUUGGGGGCAAUGCAGUGCGGAGGAAUCAUAACUAUCUCUUUGUUAUUUCUGAGUUACAGCGUUUUUAUUUUGUCCACAAUGGAAUAGUAUAUCACCAAAUGUUGGAAAGGAAUUGACUUCAAACUAUAUGUAUAUAUAUCUCAUUGAGUUGGAUUGCAGUGCACAACAGAAAUAACUAUAUGUCUUGUGUUGUUUUAGUUCUGGCACUUUAUUUUAUUUUAUUUUUUUAUUCUUUUGUACAAUGUAAAACUUCUAAAACUACAGGUUAUUGACAAUCAACUUCUUAUUUACAAAAGUCUCACUGAAGUGUAGUGCAUAAGAGUCAUAACAGUCCAUAGCAGUUUUUGAGUUAUGGCCCCCUUAUUUUUAAUACUUAAAUUUUUGUGAGCAGUUUACCUCUGAAAGUGUAAAAGUUAUUUAAAAUAAGUAACUCCAAACUUCAUAUACUGAUGGAUGUCAUUUAGGAGGAGUGCAGAGGCUAAGAGUCUAAACUGUCUAUAGUUAGUGCUGAGUUAUGACUACUCAUUAUAAUAACAUAUAUAACAGGAUUACAGUACACCAUAUUUGCUGCACUUGAUAACAUGGAUAUUGGAGAUAAUUAUUUAAAAUAACUACUGUUACUUCCUCGUACACAACAUUAUGUCUCCCCUCAGAGUUGGGGAAGACAUAUUAUUUUUGCCCUGUCUGUCUGUCCAUCUUCCCCCACACUAUUUCCCCCCAGUAUGUAAAAUCUUAUUAACCAUUCAUCACAGAGACUUCAUAUUUCGCAUGGUGGUUGGUCUGCUUGGGUAGAAGACCCUCCAUUGGGUCAAAGGUCAGAGUCACAGGGGUCAAUAAUGUGAAAUUUGUUUCAGUUUAUUAUCUUAUGAAUCAUAAAUAGGAAUUUGUCGAAACAUCAUACAAUGAUAGAGGACCUUGAGAGAAAACGCUCUGUGUAAGACCCAUAACUCUUUCAUUAAAUUUGAGCCAAAGGCUGCUCAUGGUGAGCUUUUGUGACCGCUCAGUGUCCAACAUCCAUCCGUCAACAUUUUCAAAAAAAAAUAUUUUGAAAACUACUGGGCUGAAUUACACAUGAUCCUUGGUUGGUCCCCUUUCAAAAUUGUUCAAAGAAUUGAAUUCAGUGCAAAACUCUGGUUGCCAUGGCAACCGAAAUGAAAAACUUUAAAAAUCUUCUUGUCCAAAACCGCAAGGCAUAGAGCCUUUAUAUUUGGCAUGUGACAUCAUGUAAUGGUCCUCUAUAUUCUUCAAAUUCAUUCCCCUGGGGUGAGAAGAGGCCACGCCCAGUUUUACAUGGACUUGUAUAGGAAGAAACUUUUAAAAUCUUCUUGUCUAAAACCACAAGACCUAGGCCUUUGAUAUUUGGUAUCUAGCAUUGUCUUGAGGUCCUUUAUCAAAUAUUGUUCAAAUUAUAACCCUGGGGUGAAAAGAGGCCCUGCCCUGGGGGUCUCAAGUUUUACAUAAACUUGAAUAGGGAAAAAAUCUUUUUGCUGUAAACUGCAUUACCUUGUCGUCCUCGACCAAAAAUGUUCAAAGUAUGCCAAGUAUGCCCCAGGUGUGAAAAGAGGCCCUGCCCUGGGGUCCAAAAUUUAACAUAGACUUCUAUUGGGGAAAAAUUCUUGUCUGAAAGUUCAAGGCAUAGGCUUUUGAUAUUUGGUAUGAAGCAUGGCCUAGUGGAUGUCUAACAGAAUUGUUCAAGUUAUUCCCCUGGCGUGAAAAGAGCUACUUGUUAUAUGAGUUAUAUAGGAAUAAAUACUUUGAAAAUUUUCAGAUCAUAUUUCCUAGACUGUUUAAUUAUAAUUACCUGAUGAUCCCAAGUGAUUAGGGGACACCUGACUGUAAACUUGACCUACUUAAAUUUCUUGAUUUUAAGAUACAGACUUGAAAUUUGGAUGACAUGUACAGUUUUACACACCGAUCUUAAAACUGUCUUUCAGUGACAAUAAAUAUGACCUACUGACCUACUGACCUACUUCCUUAUACUUUAGCAUCAUUUUGCCAUUUUAAACAAGUGGCUUAUAUCACUCGGGUGAGGGAUUCAGGGUCAUCAUGACCCUCUUGUUCUAAUUUUUCCCUUUGUUUUAUUUUUUGUUGAGAGCAUUCCUCAAACACUAUAUGAAAUUUGUUGAUUAAGUUUUAUACAAUGAUAGAGUGCAUUGCAAAAGACCCAUAACUCGUCCUUGGUUUAUUUUUUAAUUAUCUCCUUUAGUUUGAUUUUUUUAUCAAGAGCAAAACUAAUGCUAUUUGAUGGAGUUUGUUGUACCUGGGGUCAUUUUACUCAUUUGACAUUGAGAGGGAGUGUAGUGUGUAAGACCCAUAAUCUUUCCUUGUUUAAUUAUGUCUCAAUCAGUUAUUUCCCUUGGUUUAAUUUUCUUGUUCAGAGCAUAACACAGACACUACAUGACAGAAGUUGUUGAAGCUUUAUACAAUGAUAAAUUUAAUUGUCUUUUAAGCUCACCUGAGCACAAAGUGCUCAAAGGUGAGCUUUUGUGAUCACCCGUCAUCCGUCCAUCGUCAACAGUUUGACUGUUAACACUCUAGAGGUCACAAUUUUGGCCCAAUCUUAAUGAACCUUGGUCACAAUGUUACCCUUAAUAAAAUCUUGGAUGAGUUUGAUAUUGGGUCAUCUGGGUUCCAAAACUAGGUCACCAGGUCAAAUCAAAGGAAAAGCUUGUUAACACUCUAGAGGUCACAAUUUUAGACCUAUCUUAAUGAAACUUGGUCAAAAUGUUACACUCAAUAAAAUCUUGGAUGAGUUACAUAUUCCGUCAUCUGGGGGUCAAAAACUAGGUCACCAGGUCAUAUCAAAGGAAAAGCUUGUUAACACUGUAGAGGCCACAUUUAUGACUAUAUCUUCAUGAAUCUUGGUCAGAAUGUUAAUCUUGAUGGUCUUAAGGUCUGGUUUGAAUCUGGGUCAGUUGGGGUCAAAAACUAGGUCACUAGGUCAAAUCAAAGGAAAAGCUUGUUAACACUCUAGAUGCCACAUUUAUGACUGUAUCUUCACGAAACUUAAUCAGAAUGUUAAUCUUGAUGAUCUUUAGGUCAAGUUCGAAUCUGGUUUAUGUGGGGUCACGGGGUCAAAUCAAAGGAAAAGCUAGUUAACACUGUAGAGACCACAUUUAUGACCAUAUCUUAAUGAAACUUGUUCAGAAUGUUAAUGUUGAUAAUCUUUAAAUCAAUAGGUCAGGUGAGCGAUACAGGGCCUUCAUGGCCCUCUUGUUUACCACCUCUUAUCAUAUCCCAUGGAUGAGUCUUGUGUUUUUUUCAAAAGCAUCUUUUAGUUCAUUUUUAUGCCCCUUCAAAGGAGGGGUACCGGUAUAUUGUUUUGCAGAUGUGGAUCUGCCGGUUGGUAUGUAGACAAAUCUGUUUCCGGAUGAUAUUUCAAGAAGGCUUUGGUCUAGGAUCAAGAAAGUUGACAGGUAGAUUGAUCAGAACAAGCAGAUGACCACUAUUGAUUUUGAGAUCAGUAGAUCAAAGGUCAAGGUCACAGUGACCUAGAACAGUUUCCGGAUGAUGACUCGAGAACGCUUGGGCCUAGGAUCAUGAAAGUUGAUAUGAAGGCUGGUCAUGACCAGCAGAUGACCUCUAUUGAUUUUGAGAUCAGUAGGCCAAAGAUCAAGGUCACAGUGACACAGAACAGUUAAAUGGUUUCCAGAUGACAAUUCAAGAAUGCUCGGGCAUAGGAUCAUGAAAGUUGAUAGGGAGGUUGAUCACCACCGGCAUAUGACCCCUAUUGAUUUUGAGGUCAAUAAGUGAAAGGUUAAGGUCAAAUUGACCCAGAGCUGUAGAACUUCAGUGUACAGUGACCAAAAUAUUUCCGUUCCUUGUGCAAUCACUGAAUGCAUCAAGGGAGGCAUUUCGUGUUCUACAAGCUCUUGUUUCCUUUGUAACAUACCACCCUGUUGAAAGCCAUUAUAACAAAUCUUUCAUCUCCAAAUUCGCCUUCAUGCAUUGUUUAUAAUUUAACCACUAAAUAUUUUUCACAUUUUCCUUCUUCCACAAACAGAAUUUAUUUUUGGGAGCAUCUAUUGGUUCCACCAAUAUUUUUGCUUUCAAAGCUGGCACACGGUGUUUUAGUUUAUUAAAUACAUGAUUGUGUUUGUUUAUGCAGACAAUAUUUGACAUAAAUGUGAUGACUAUUAUUUUUGUUCUGUCGCAUAUUAUCAAGUCCCUAGCUAAGAUAACUGCAGGGGUUUAGGGGACAUAAGAUAUUCAUUUUUGUCCAGAUCUCUUGCCAUAUAUCAAGAUCACAGAGUCAAAGAUAAUUUAUUUCAAAACUGUGACAUGCAUGGGUGGUUUUCAUAGUAACCUUGCUCAAAUAUUGGUCAUGUCCUAAAGCAAAAGUGAAGUGAUACAUUUAGUAUGCAAUAUUAGAUGUCACAGCUUCUUACAAUAAAUGAAUACUCCAAAUACUUUUAUGUUAACAUUUUUUAAAAAUUAGGCAUGUCGGGGAAAAGGCCAAGGUUAUACAUCAAUGAUUAAACAUUUUGAACAUGG